GCAAAAUGCACGUGUGGAUUUUUUCCACAACCAAACAUGCAGCACAGUCAGACAUGAAACUAAAAGCAACCACUUCGUAAAAACGCAAACUCAGUUCUCAAAUGGUAUAUAUACCAUAUCAGAUGGGGAGGCAAGAAAAUUGUAAAACAUCGACGCCUCUGUUAUGAAUUAAACCAGAGGUGUUUUUGUUACUUUCACUUAUCACAGAUACUUAAUUUUAUCAAGUUCUCAUUUGAACAACUUCCAGAUAUGGAGCAGAAAAAGAGCAGCGCAGAUGAAGGCCAAAUGGAGGGGGGAUUGCUGUUGGAUACGGGAGAAAACAAAAGAGGCGACGGAGCAGAGGGAGAGGGGGGCGGGGGUGGAGAGCAGACAUCAAAUCAGUCACCUGCUGCAGAUGGAGCUGAAAUUGUUCCCCAAACGGUGGCGCCUAAGAAGAAGAAGAAGGCGCCGGCAGCGAAGGACCCCGAGGGCUGCUACUUCUUCCCCGGCUGCACAGAGAAGACUUACCAGAAUGUGCCGAGAUUCAAGUACCCCAAACAGCCAGAGUUCACACAGCCCAGCCAGCUCUGUCUCUACCAUCUGGACUGGCAGCCCACCCAGUUCUACUACAUCUGUGCCUACUGUGCCAUCUUCCAUCGGGAGGAUGAAGUGAAGUUUGCCAAGAUGCCGGUGGACGGGAAGGAGUUGAAGAAGCUCAAAGACAGGAAGAACAAGAAGAAGGGCGCAGGCGGCAAGAAGGGCAAAAAGAGCGCCAAAUCAGCCGCGCCCAAAAAGGGAAAGGGCAAAAAGGGAGGGGGGAAGGGGGAGGAUGGGGAGGAGGUGGAGAAGCCGAAGGAGGAUCCGAUCAAGAAUGAGAUCCAAGUGGCCAUCUGCCGCAACUGUCUCCCCAAGGGCUGCGAGACAGUCUAUCCUGCACUAGAUCAGCCCAAGGCAGACGAGCAGGGCGGAUGAACACACCAACACCCGCAUCCACAUAAUGCAUUAUAUAACAUCAUAAAGUUCACAAAACAUAACAUCAAGAUAAUAAUAGCAGCUGAAUAUAGAUAAUUUCUCAC